AUGGUAGCAUAUCCAAUGAAAAAAGUCAGCUUAUUUGGUUUCUGGUGUUGUCUCACUCUUGUAAUCGUUCAACCAUUCACAGGAGAUGACUUCCGAUGUGACAAUGGAUUUUCUGUUCCACCAAAGAAAGAGUGCAAUCUCACCAACCAGUGUGAAGACAGCAGUGAUGAAAAACAAUGUGCCUCUUAUGAAACAUGUGACUUUGAAACUAAGCCGUGCAAUAUGUUACAUGAUUGGGACUUACAGACUGGAUGGACUAGGAGAAAUGGCCUGACCAGCAUGGGAUCUCCACAUUCUGACCACAAUGGGAAUAAGACUGCCUAUUUCCUCUCUGUGUCCUCUGAAGUAGUCUCAUCUCCUGCAACUUUAAGAAGCAGAGUUUUCUUCCCUACUGACAGCAAACACAUUUGCCAGCUUGCAUUUUACUAUUGGAUUGGUCAAAUGAAAGGCGUGUUGAUGGUGGGACUCCAUCAUUCUGAUGGAACUUUUAAAAACAUCUGGCAAGAAGAAGGAGGACUGCAAAACCAAUGGAGAACAAAUAUCAUCACAAUCAAUAGUACUGAAAAAUUUGAGGUUGUCAUUCAAGGGACACUUGAGGCGUCGGAGCCGGAUAAUACCAUUGCUAUUGAUGAUAUUUCUUUCAGUGGAGGAUGUUUCCCAGUAUUUGAUCAGCACGUUUGCAGUUUCGAGCUUGACAUGUGUGACUGGAAUUCAUAUUCAUUAUUUGACAAUGCUUCCUGGGUGCGCACAAAAGCAGGCAACAAUCUUGCCUCAAAAUCAGCUCCCCUAAAAGAUCAAAGCAAUGAUACUGGAGGCCAUUAUGUGUGUAUGGGAGUUAAUGACAACACAUUAUUCCAAAGUGCUUAUCUUAACAGCUCCAUGUAUCACUGCUUUGGCAAGAAUUGCCAUUUUCAAUUUUAUUACUCCAUGGUAGAUGAUAGUGUUCUCAAAGUGGUACUGUAUACUAAUAAGGAGGAACAAGUGCUGUGGAAAUCCAAUACAUCGACUAACAAUGAAUGGAUCAAAGCAGAUGUGCAGGUACCAGCAAGUCUGAAAAAAUUAAAGCUUGUGUUUGAAGGAGCUAUUCAGAGCAGGACAGGGCUUAUCUGCCUGGAUAACCUCCAGUUCUCAGGCUGGGCAGCAUCAGAAUCACCAAGGCUCUGCUCCCCAGAGGAGUUCUCCUGUGCCAAUGGCCAGUGUGUUGCCAGUGGAUCAGGCUGUGAUUACCAGCUGGACUGUUCAGAUGGAAGUGACGAAGAUCCAACAGCUUGUUCAAAUUCCACUUCAUGUGACUUUGAGUCUGAUUUUUGUGGAUGGAAGCCAUUAAACACAGAAGAUGUUAAAUGGAGUAUAGUAAAAGGAAAGACUUCCAAUGACACAGCACUUCCUAACAAAGAUCAUACAACGCAUAGUGAACAUGGGUCAUUCAUUUAUUUUGGAUGUUCUCAACAGGCAAACACAAAACCUGUCACGUCGCAUCUCCGGAGCCCUGUCCUUACUAAACUGUCGUUUGACUCUGCCCAUUGUCAGAUAAUGUUUUGGUAUAAGUUAUCACUGGAUUCCCAGCUCUCUGUCUUUAAGAGAACUGUCCUUGGUAAGGAUUUGCAAAAACUAGGCGACAUAGCAGGUUUCUCCAAGAGGCAGUGGACUAAAGCAAAUAUUCUUAUAGAAAGCAAACCUGAGGAGAUGCCACCUUCACCUUUCCAGAUCAUUUUACAAGCCACUGUUCUAUCACAGAAUGCCACUGUUGCUGUAGAUGACAUCAGUAUAACAAACGAAUGUGGUAUUGCAUAUAAAUCACUUUCAGAGAGCAGCAAAGGGAAAGCAAACCUUACAACCACUGAAUCUUCAUCCCUUUCUUGUCCACUGGGUUUUUUACCAUGUGAAGAUGGAGCCUGUAUUUUGUCUGACAAAUUUUGUGAUUUCACACCUGACUGCUCCAAUGGAUAUGAUGAAGCCAAAUGUUCUGCUAAAUGUGACUUUGAAACAGACAGCUGUGGCUGGUUUGAGACUGUUAGUGCAGAUGCAUUUGACUGGGUAAGAAGUUCCAGAAAUGUUCUUCCAUCUGAUUUUCAGAAACAAGCCCCAGAACAGGAUCACACCUAUAACAAAUCCCAAGGUCAUUUUAUGUUUGUUCUGAGAAACAGCAGCAACAUUUCACAGGUUGCUCAAAUACAAAGCCCAAAGUUCAGUCAAGCUGCAUCAGGUUGCACAGUGUCCUUCUGGUAUUACAAUUAUGGACAGUCAGUUGGAGCAGCAGAGAUGCAAUUACAUGUUGAUGGACUUAAGGACCCUACUGUCCUCUGGCGGAUAUACUAUAAUCAAGGCAAUCAGUGGGUAAAGGCUUCCAUUCAGCUUGGCCGCCUCCGAUGGCCCUUCCAGUUAUCACUGUAUAAAAUCAGCCUUGGAUUUUAUGAUGGUGUCACAGCAAUUGAUGACAUAACAUUCAAGAACUGUGCUCUUCCAUCUCCAGCAGUCAGCUGUGAAGGUCUUGGUCAUUUCUGGUGCAGGCACACAAAGGCUUGUAUCAACAGUUUAUUGGUGUGUGACCUUGUGGAUGAUUGUGGGGAUGGAUCCGAUGAAGAAAAUUGCAAUCCUGAGCUACAGUGUAACUUUGAAAAUGGGCUAUGCAACUGGAGUCAGGACACAGAUGAUGACUUCGACUGGACCAUAAACCAGGGCCCAACUUCCACAUUUGACACAGGACCAAUAAAGGAUCACACUUUGGGCACAGUCAAGGGACACUAUCUCUACAUAGAAUCCUCAGAACCACAGGUGUUCCAAAAUAGAGCAGUUUUGCUGAGUCCGAUCUUCAAUGCCACUUUCACUCAUGGCAAUAAAAGCUGCAUUUUCCACUUUCAUUAUCAUAUGUUUGGAAAACACAUUUAUAGGCUGUCAAUCUUCCAGAGGAUUUUGAGCAACUCAAAGGGUCAUCUGCUGUGGCGGAAGUUUGGAAAUCAAGGUAACAGAUGGAUAAGACAAACACUCAACAUCACAAGUUCUAAGCCUUUUCAGAUCUUGGUGGAAGGUACUGUGGGAGAUGAUUUCUGUGGCGACAUUGGAAUUGAUGACUUGUCCUUUACAGACUGUACCCUUUACAAUGGAAAUUUGCCAGCUAUCUCAACCACAUCCUCAAGCACUUCAGUUCCUGCAACACUUCCUUUGAACAAUUGCACAGCGAAAGAAUUUAUCUGUAGAGCAACUGGUCAGUGCAUCCAGAUGAUCCAGAGAUGUGAUUUCAGACCUGACUGCUCUGAUAAGUCUGAUGAGUCCUCUUGUGCCAUGGAAGUUUGUGAUUUUGAAGGUGAAAAUCUAUGUGAAUGGUAUCAACCACUACCAGAAGUGGCAGCAGCAACUUUUUCAGUCCAUUCCACUAAUGCAUUCCAGUGGGGUGUUGGAAAAGGAGCAACUAUCCAUCCUGGGGAGGAAAACCACAGGCCAUCAGCUGAUCACACAAAGGAUACUAAAGAAGGAUGGUAUCUGUAUGCAGACAGUUCCAAUGGAGAAUUUGGUCAUACAACUGACAUUGCCACUCCAGUCAUUUCUCUCACUGGACCCAAAUGCAAACUGGUAUUUUGGACCCAUAUGAAUGGUGCAACAGUGGGUUCUCUGCAGGUACUCAGUAAAGUUGGUGAUGUAAUUUCUGUCCUUUGGGUUCAAAGCGGUUCCCAAGGCGCACAAUGGAACAGAGCAGAAGUGGUCUUAGGCAUUCGCUCUGAUUUGCAGAUUAUUUUCAGGGCAAAACGUGGUGUGAGUUAUGUGGGAGAUGUGGCAGUGGAUGAUAUUUCCUUUGAAGAUUGUUCCCCUUUGCUGAUCCCAGACAGAGCCUGCACUUCUGAAGAAUUCACAUGUGCCAAUAAAUAUUGCAUCCCAAAAGAUAAUCUGUGUGAUUUUGUGAAUGACUGUGCAGAUAAUUCGGAUGAGAACCCUAGCAUUUGUAGUACAUCCAUGGGGCACUGCAAUUUUGAAUUUGAUCUUUGUGCUUGGGAGCAAGAUCAGAAUGACGACUUUGAUUGGACUCUCAGAACUGGCAGUAUCAUGAUACCUGGCACUGGACCAAUGGCUGAUCACACCUUGCAAGGGCCAUCUGGUCAUUACAUCUUCAUAAAAAGCUCAUUCCCUCAGUUGCCAGAGCAGAAAGCCAAGAUUUUCAGUCCCAAGCUGAGCAGAAGGAGCAAAAAUUGCAAGAUAUUAUUUUAUUACCAUAUGCAUGGGGUCAGCAUUGGAUCAUUAACCAUCUAUCAGGUGACAGCAUCAAAUCAAGAAAAGGUCCUUUUCAAUUUAACUGGAAACCAGGGAAACUUCUGGCAGAGAAAACAAUUGCUCCUGGAUGAGGAUGAGGACUUCCAGAUCACCUUUGAAGGGCAAGUUGGGAAAGGUUACAGAGGUGAUAUAGCACUUGAUGACAUCACAUUUACCAAGGAAUGUUUGCCUUCACCUGAUGCCUUCUCAGCAGAAUCCACAGCACUACCUCCAACAGGCUCCUGCUCAGAUGGCUAUCGGGAAUGUCAGAACGGCAAGUGUUACAGACCAGAACAAAGCUGCAAUUUUGUAGAUGACUGCGGGGACAAUACUGAUGAGAAUGAUUGUGGUACUUCCUGCACAUUUGAGAGAGGCCAAUGUGGCUGGCAAAAUUCCCUAGCUGACAACUUUGACUGGGUUCUGGGAAUCGGCUCACCUCAAAGUCUCAGACCUCCCGAGGACCACACACUUGGAAAUGGAAUUGGAGCAUUCCUAUAUCUUGAAGCUACUCCAGUAGGCCUAAGAGGUGAAAAAGCCCACCUGCGGAGCUCCGUGUGGAAAGAGUCAAGCACAGCUUGCACGCUGAGCUUUUUUUACUACAAGUCCUCAAAAGCUACAGGACACAUUCAGGUUCUCAUUAAGACCGAUAACGGCCUUUCAAAACUGUGGAGUGACUCUGAGAGCACUAAUGGCAAAUGGACAAAAGCAGAACUGCACCUAGGGAAGUUGAGGAAUUUCAAAAUAAUAUUUGAAGGCAUUCGUGCCAAGGACCUAGGUGGCGGAGCAGCAAUAGAUGAUAUUGAGUUCAAGAAUUGCACCACAAUUGGAGAGAGUCCUAGAGAAUGCCCAGCACUCUCUGAUUUUGUGUGUUGGAAUAAGGAUUGUAUUGAAUCUCACCUUGUUUGUGACUACAAACCAGACUGCAAGGACCUGUCAGAUGAAGCUGAUUGCAGCCCAUAUACCAGUGUCCCUGGAAGCUGUAAUUUUGAAGCAGGAGACCAAGAUUGGACUAUUGCAUGUGGAUUAACUCAAGAAUCUGCUGAUGAUUUUGACUGGAGUAUUGGCAACAAGGUUGUCACAGGGCAAAGUGGUCCUGGUGAUGACCAUACACCAGGUAAUGGGCAACAUUUAAAGCUCUUCCCAGCCAGUCUUGGAGUGUGUGGAGUCCGUUUCUGGUUCUGGUUGUGUGAUUCCAGAAUAGGAACCUUAAAGGUUUACACUGUUGAAGAACAUGGAAUGGAUAUUCUGAUGUGGUCUUCAAGUGGAAAUAAGGGAAGUAGGUGGACAUAUGCAAAUGUGGUUCUCUCCAGCAACAGUCCUUUCAGAAUCGCAUUUGAAGCUGAAGUGGGAGGAAUUGAGCUCACAGAAAUUGCUCUUGAUGACAUUUCUUUCACCCUGGAAUGCAUGGAUGCAGGAACAGCCACUCCACAGCCGCCAACAUGCAGCACUGACCAGUUCACUUGUGUGUACGUACGGCAGUGUGUACCUCUUGCUGUAAAAUGCAAUGGGGUGGAAGAUUGUAUGGAUGGAACCGAUGAAAUGAAUUGUCCUACUGAGAUUCCUACCACUGCUUCUCCAUGGCUUUGCAAGGAAACAGAAUUCCUGUGUGCUAAUAAAGGUUGUGUUCCAUCACUUUUGAGAUGUGAUGGCGUGUCCGACUGCCAGUUUAAUGAAGAUGAAACCGAUUGUCCUACAAAGGACUGCUUCAAUGGUUCUUUAUUUUGUGCAUCAACUAAUACGUGUAUUCCAGUUUCCAAGCGCUGUGAUGGGAUUGCAGACUGCUUUGAUUUCAGUCUUGAUGAAUCCAGCUGCUCAGGUUGUCCGGAAGACUAUUGCAGAAAUGGAGGAACUUGUGUCAUUAGAGAUGCUGUUCCUUUAUGCCAAUGUGGAAAAGAAUGGCAAGGAAAUCGUUGCCACAUCAAGGUUAAUCCUCCCCCAGGUUCAGCUCCAAUUCUCCUUCGAAAUGAUAUUUGGACUGGCUUGGGCAUUGCAUUAGCUUUCCUACUGAUCAAAAUCACGAUCGUUGUGUUGUGUGUCCUUUGGAAGAAGAAAGUAACAAAAAUGACCCAGGAGAAAAUCCAUAAUACUGCAUUUGCUAACCCACUGUACGAGGAUCGUAAUUCACCUGGGGAAGUAAAGUCUCCUGAGUGUGUUGCCUCGCCAGUUGUUCAAAUCAGUGUUUCCCCCUGGCAAACACAGUAUGAGCAUGCUUCCAGUAAGGACACAAGUGCCCCUUCCUUUGCCAAUCCUCUUUAUGGCAAAGCAACAGAAGACAUGGAGAACUUGUGCAAUUUCUUGAAAGUAGAUAUAAAAUAGAAAUUAUACUGCAUGUAAUUUUUUGUCCUUUGGUUGAAGCUUUUGUUUCUAAAAUUUAGUGGAAGGCAUGUGAUUAUACGAUACUGCCUUAGUAAUUUGAGUGAAAGUGGAAUAAUUCCUCAAUUAGAAUAAUUAUAUUUUAAAUAUAGCACUACCAUGAAAACGCCAUCCAUACAUAUGGGAAAUUGUAGAUCUAUGUAAUAUUUCUCUUGGUACAAAAAUAGACAGGCAACUGUAACUAUGAAUUCACUGCACAUUUGAA